CUAGCAGAGACCCCUCUCUAAAUAUAGCUCCCACUACCACCGGUGGUGGGCUAGAGAAGAAGCUUUUAUAUAUAUGCAUAUAUAUAUAUAUAUAUAUAUAACCACAACUGAUCCCUAUAUAUAUACAGCUAGCUAGGGUUAGAUAAAUCUAGCUAUCUUGCAAUUUUAUUUUUUUUUAAUUUUAUUUUUGUCCAGGGGCAGGAGCUUGGAUAUAGAUAAUUAGCACCGGCAAUGGCCCCUAGAUAUUCCGUCCCCGUCCUUGGGAUUGCAUUAUUGUUGCUUGUUAGCAGCACUUCGGCGAUUGAUGCCGGCCGACACUCAAGUACGUUCGGUUAUGUGGGCUCAAAUGGGCCUGGAAAGUGGGGAAGCUUGAGCCCAAAGUUCGUGACCUGCUCAAACGGGAAACAUCAGACUCCUGUGGACAUUGUAAAGGGCCAGGUUGUCCGUAACAAGCGUUUUGAACCCUUGCCUAGAGAUUACAAUCCUGUAAAUGCCACGCUGGUCAACAAUGGUUUUAACAUUGAGAUUAGAUUCGACGAACAUGUGGGAGUGUUGGUUAUAAAUGGGAAGAACUACACCUUGAAGCAGGUGCACUACCACACACCUUCCGAGCACCGAAUUGAUGGCAUACAAUUUCCGGCAGAGCAGCAUCUGGUCCACCAGUCAGCUGAUGGCAACUUCUCGGUUGUGUCAAUUCUCUACAAAUAUGGUGCACCCGAUUCUUUUCUUAGAAAGAUUAAGAGCAAUUUGGGUGAACUGGCCAAGGACAAGUGUGCUGGGGAUGAAGAGGCUCAUAUCCCUCUUGGGAUCAUGGAUACCAAGCACAUGAAGCGAAAGACCCGCAAGUAUUACAGAUACUUAGGUUCCUUAACCACUCCUCCAUGCACAGAGAACAUCAUUUGGAACAUCCUCGGCAAGGUGAGAUCAAUCUCCCCAGAUCAAGUACAGGAUCUCAAGGCACCAUUGGCCUCUAGUUGCAAAGACAACUCAAGGCCGGUACAACCGCUGAACGGGCGAAAGAUUGAACUAUAUGAUGAGCUCGAUGCCAAGAACUAAUUAAGUUACUAUCAUUUUGACCAUGGAAAGAGUUUAUCCAUGUGGUCUAGCUUACGUAUGAACUUUUAUGGGUCCAAUUUAAUUACUUGUAAACUCUUCUAGAUUGUAACAAAUGAAAUGCAUUAGAAAAUGGAAAUUCACCUUCGAAUGCUUUUAUGCAUA